CCUUGACAAAGCCUCUGGCUCAGGCUUCCAGUCCAAGAAUCAAUAUCUCUUUGGCAAGUUUGAUAUGCAGCUCAAACUUGUCCCCGGCAACUCUGCUGGCACGGUCACCACCUUCUAUAUGAAGUCACCAGGAUCUACAUGGGAUGAGAUUGAUUUCGAGUUCUUGGGAAAUUUGAGUGGGGAUCCUUACAUUCUUCACACUAAUGUAUUCAGUCAAGGAAAGGGUAACAGAGAACAGCAAUUUUAUCUCUGGUUCGACCCAACUGCUGAUUUUCACACAUAUUCCAUCCUCUGGAAUCCCCAACGCAUUAUCUUUUCUGUGGAUGGCACACCCAUCAGAGAAUUCAAGAACAUGGAAUCAAAAGGUGUUACUUUCCCCAAGAGCCAACCCAUGAGACUCUACUCCAGCUUGUGGAAUGCUGAUGAUUGGGCUACAAGGGGCGGCUUGGUCAAGACAGAUUGGAGCCAAGCUCCCUUCACUGCUUCUUACAGGAACUUCAAUGCUGAUGGUUGUGUUUGGUCCAAUGGAGCAUCUUCUUGCACUUCCACUUCUCCAUCUCUGGCCUCGGGCAAAAAUGGAUGGUUUUCUCAAGAGUUGGAUUCCACCGCUCAGCAGAAGCUGCAGUGGGUGCAAAACAACUACAUGAUCUACAAUUACUGUACUGAUUUCAAGAGAUUUCCACAGGGUCUACCUGCCGAAUGCAACACGUCCUAGACAGAACAAUAUUAGUUAUUUAGGCCAAAAUUUUUUGAUUCUUUAUGGGUAUUGAUUCUUAUGUAAAAAUUUGAUUAUGGUAUCCUUUGAGUUUUGUCUACUUUGAUGUGAAAAAUCUAAAUUCAAUGGAAUUUGUUUAGGUCCACGAACUCUGAUCUCAAAAGAAACCUUCUCUACCUUU